AUGGAGUGGUGUUCCAUUACUUGUAGGGCGUUGGUGGUUUCAAUGGUAUUGUUAUUAUAUAACAUGCUCUUGAUCUCAUCACCACCUGCUGCUGCUGCUACAACUGAGGCACAGGUGGAGGCUGAGGCCGAGGCUCUCCGCAACUCCACUUGGUGGUGGUACAUGGAAAACACUACUUCUCAUCACUGCACAUGGGAAGGCAUCACCUGCAACACGGAGGGACAUGUCGUUCGAAUUACCUAUUCAUAUAUCGAUGGUAAAAUGGUUGAGCUUAGCAAGUUGAAGUUUUCUUCAUUUCCCAGCCUCCUCCAUCUCAACGUUAGCCAUUCUUCCAUGUAUGGUCGCAUCCCAGAUGAGAUAGGUAUGCUUACAAAACUCACUUACCUCCGUAUAUCUGAAUGUGAUGUUCAUGGUGAGCUACCUGUUUCACUGGGUAACCUUACUCUAUUAGAGGAAUUGGAUUUGGCUUAUAACAAUCUCUCUGGUGUCAUCCCUUCCUCUCUUGGAUAUUUGAAGAAUCUUAUUCAUUUGGAUUUGAGUUUUAACUAUGGGCUCUCUGGUGUCAUCCCUUCCUCUCUUGGAUAUUUGAAGAAUCUGAAAUAUUUAGACCUUAGCAUCAAUGAAAUCAAUGGUUCUAUUCCUUACCAAAUUGGGAAUUUGGAGAAUCUUACUCAUUUGUAUUUGCAUCAUUGUUAUUUCUUUGUCUACAACCUUGUUUCUUUUUUUGUGGUCCUUGGGUUUCUCCUAAUUUCACGGAAGACAAGAAAAAUUCAAACCAAGGAAAUACCAACAAAAAAUGGAGAUAUAUUUUCAGUAUGGAACUAUGAUGGGAAGAUUGCCUAUGAAGAUAUCAUUAAAGCAACAGAAGACUUUGACAUCAAAUAUUGCAUAGGUACAGGAGGCUAUGGCAGUGUUUACAAGGCUCAAUUGCCUACAGGCAAUGUGGUAGCCCUGAAAAAGCUACAUGGAUGGGAAAGAGAUGAGGCAACAUACUUGAAAAGUUUUCAAAAUGAGGUGCAAAUAUUAUCAAAGAUACGCCAUCGAAAUAUUGUAAAACUUCAAGGCUAUUGUCUACACAAAAGAUGCAUGUUUUUUAUUUACAAUUACAUGGGAAGAGGAAGCUUGUAUUGUGUAUUGAGUAAUGAAGUUGAAGCUUUGGAAUUGGAUUGGAUUAAAAGGGUGAAUGUGGUUAAAAGCAUAGUCCAUGCCGUAUGCUACAUGCAUCAUGAUUGUACUCCGCCCAUUAUUCAUAGGGACAUAUCAAGCAAUAAUAUUCUUUUGGACUCCAAGUUGGAUGCUUUUCUAUCAGAUUUUGGCACCGCUAGACUGCUACAUCCUGAUUCAUCUAAUCAAACCCUUCUUGCAGGCACUUAUGGUUACAUAGCACCAGAGCUUGCCUACACUAUGGUUGUGACGGAAAAAUGUGAUGUUUACAGCUUUGGAGUGGUGGCGCUUGAGACAAUGAUGGGAAAGCAUCCAGGAGAACUUUUCACCUUAUUGUCUUUCUCAUCAACUCAAAACAUAAUGCUCACUGAUAUAUUAGAUUCACGUCUCCCAUCUCCUCAAGAUCAACAAGUUGCUAGAGAUGUAGUUCUUGUGGUUUGGUUGGCACUCAAAUGCAUACAUUCUAAUCUGAGAUCUCGUCCAACAAUGCAACACAUCUCAUCAAAGCUUCUUACUCAAUCACCAUUUCUUGGCCCUUUUCAUAGGAUUUCACUUUGGCAAUUGAAUGCUCUAGAAAUAUAAUUAGGUAACUAGCAUGCAGUGAUGAUACCAAUUUUGAUUUGUUUUCAUAUUACUAGUUGUGCUCCAAAUUUUGUUUCAACUUUGUAAUUUUCAUAAGCCAAGAUGAUCUAUUAAUAUAUUUAGAUGGGUGGAUGUUAAAUUGAA